AUGAUAACAUUGAAGAAACGGCCUUUAUUGAGCAUACCCAAGCCGGCAAAAACAGGGAGCGAUUCGGAAAGUGAAGAUGAUGAGCAUAAGCGGUCUGCUUUGCCGGCAGCGCCUAAGGACUUUAAAAUACCCUGGAGAAAAGAGCCAAAACCUAAUUCAACCGAUUUUUUCGUCUUGGACACCUCUGGUGGUGCUGAAGAAACUGCAACAGAGCUUUCCUCCAGUACAUUAGAAAUGCAAGAGCCCAAUGUGUCCUAUGAAGAGAAUUCUCCAGUUGUAGUUGAUGAGAGAGUUCAAAAGUUGCUAGACAAGGCGGUUUGUGGACCAUCUUUUGAAAAGAACUAUGCUGAAACUGCAAAUCUUAUUGGUAGGAGAGCAGCGAAGCGAUUGCGAAAGGUAAUUUUCUGA